ACUCAACAAACUACCAUAGAUAUGGCGCUAAUUCCCCAUGAUGUGGGCCCACAGCAAGUGAAUGUAAACAACAACCAAGUACAAAUCAAAUGGAACGACGGCCAUUUGUCUUGCUUUGAGAGUUCAUGGUUGAAGGCAAACGCGUACGAUGGCUCGCAAACUCCUAAGAAAAAGUCUGGCUUAGGUUCCAUGGCUGGUGAAUCUGACAUGUUACUUUGGGACAAAGACAUAAUCGCCUCAAAUCCUCCUCGUAAUUUUAACUUUGAUCAGCUUAAAAACGAUCCAAAAGUGCUUCCAAGUCUUUUGGAGAAUCUUCAUCGUUUUGGAUUUAUUUUCGUCGACGAUACGCCUCUCGAUGAUGAAUGUGUUGCUGAAGUUUGUGAAUUAAUUGGUGGUUUCGUACAAGAAACGAUUUUUGGCCGCGUUUAUGUCCUUAGCAAUAGGACUUUAACGCACGCCGAUAUCGCAUACUUAAAUCCAGCCCUGAAUUGUCACACUGGCCAUGUUUACUUCGCAACCCCUGCUGGAUUACAAGCAAUGCACGUCACACACCACGAUGGAACUGGAGGAUUAAGCCUACUCGUCGAUGGUUUCAAGGCAGCAAAGGAUCUGUACAAAGAAGAUACAGAAGCCUACGAGAUUUUAAUAUUUGAAUAUACCAGUAAGGGACACGUCCUCCGUCACUCUCAUACAAUCCUAGAAGUUGAUCCGAUCAAAAAGGAACUCCUACAGCUUCGAUACAAUAAUACAAGAGUUGGUCCUUUGGUGCACCUUUCAUAUGAAAAAAUGGAGAAGUUUUAUCGUGCCAUACGGUUGUUUGGGUCUAUUCUUCGACGAAAGGAGAAUGAACUUUGGUUCAAGUUGACUCCUGGUAGGGUCGUAGUAUUUGAUAACAGGCGUGUUCUUCAUGGUAGAUCACGGGCUUUAGGAGACUCUUUGUUUUGAGUCGUGAGAAAUUCUUGUUCAUGCAAAAAAGAACACCCUAUUUACUUACUUGAGUCUUUAAUUGCUAGUCAAAUAAGCUUGUGAUGAAUAAACAU